UCCGUAGAGGACGCACCGGAUAGAGCAGAUGGAUAGAGAGAGAAACAACUGAGAGGACCACAGAGGCUUUAAAGUUUUUUUUUUGUCAUUCUCAUUUUUAUCGCAUUCAAAACCCAAAUAUCAGAGAACCGAGCUACACGUGAGCGGUCUAACAGCUCCUCGGUUUGUCACGGAGCAAAGAAGGUGUUCUAUAUCAUCAGGUCUGUGGAUUACGCACGGCGGAGCUCACGGGACAGACAAAAGUUUUGAAAACUAUCUUUUUGUCGCACAGGACUGCGCAACAAAGUAUGUUUUGCCACACAUGUCUGAGCACGCACAAGCUUCAAUGUAACUAAAAUUAUCACCUAAGCCUCCAUGGAGUGAUUUGACACUUUUUUUUUUUACUACUAGCGCAAAAAAAAAAAUUUCGCUCAUGCUGAUAUAGACUGACUUUAUUUAGGCUAUGGAUUAGAAUAAAGUGGGACUUUAAUCAAACAUCAGAAGAGAGAAAUACAAAUAACGAUAUAUGCUUUGGGGGAUGGCAACAGCCACCUCAAGUCCAUACCUAGCCAGCAGCAGGAUUUUAUCCGGGCCGGUCCUUCACUCUGAUCGGAGGGGUGGUGGCAUGCAGCCGGGCAGCACCGCUGUGACCACGGUUUCUAGUGGAUACAGAGGGGACCCUUCAGUUAAGAUGGUGCAGAGUGACUUCAUGCAGGGAGCCAUGGUGGCAAGCAACGGGGGGCACAUGCUAAGCCAUGCUCACCAGUGGAUGACAUCGUUGCCUCACGCAGCAGCCGCAGCAGCCGCAGCCGCGGUGGCAGCAGUCGAGGCCGGUUCUCCGUGGCCCCCCAGCUCCCAGCCGCAAGAGGUGAAGAGAAACGGCGGCAGGGAGGACCUCCACUCAGGCUCCGCUCUGCACCACAGGUCCCCACAUCUGGGACCCCAUCAAUCGCACCCGGGGAGUUGGGGAGGCACCUCCGCAGCGCACAUCAGCAUCACAGAGGGGCAGCAACAGCAGCAGCAGCAGUCCCUCAUUUACUCCCAACCAGGCGGGUUUACAGUCAACGGGAUGCUCAGCUCACACGCCGGACAGAGCCUCAUGCACCCAGGGCUCGUGCGCGGGGAGUCCCCAGAGCUGGACCACGGCAGCCAGCAUCAUCACCAUCACCACCACAAUCACCACACGCACCUUCACCAGCAUCACGGUGUGAACCAUGAGCCACACUCAGACGAGGACACCCCGACGUCCGAUGACUUGGAGCAUUUCGCCAAACAGUUCAAACAGCGGCGGAUCAAGCUGGGUUUCACACAGGCAGACGUGGGCUUAGCUUUGGGCACCCUGUACGGCAACGUGUUCUCACAGACCACCAUCUGCAGGUUCGAAGCGCUUCAGCUGAGCUUUAAGAACAUGUGCAAGCUGAAACCUCUGCUCAACAAAUGGCUGGAGGAGGCCGACUCCACGACCGGGAGCCCGACCAGCAUCGAUAAGAUCGCCACCCAGGGCAGGAAGAGGAAAAAGCGCACAUCCAUCGAGGUGAGCGUAAAAGGCGCGUUGGAGAGCCACUUCCUCAAGUGUCCCAAACCCUCCGCGCAGGAGAUCAACUCUCUGGCGGACACUCUGCAGCUGGAGAAGGAGGUGGUCAGGGUCUGGUUCUGCAACCGCAGGCAGAAAGAGAAGCGCAUGACGCCACCUGGACUCCCACGUACCCCGGAGGACACAUACUCACAGGUGGGAAGCAUGGGUCCUGAUACACCGUCACCCUCCAUAGACUGCAAGAGGAUGUACAGCGACACGUGAAAAUAACUGAAACGAAAUGACGGAAGAGAAAUCUGACCAACGUGAGGUGUUUGAAUAGAUUUUUAGAGAGACGUUUCCCCGAAUGACUAGAAUAUUUGGUUAACUUUUCUUACAGUACAUAUGUCCGUUGAUCCACAAUAAUGUUAUCCAGUGUGUGUGCAUUUCAGAGCAGGACAGAUGUCUACUUUUAUGCAUUGUCGAGUAUUUUUCUGCACUAUAUGAAUCAGCCUUUGGGACAGAAAAUUAAAAUCUUAGCUGAAAUUUGAAUAGAAAACAAUUUUUAAGUCUUCUAAAGGCAAUUUUCACUGAAAGAUCACAGCUUACAGAGAAAAAGCAAACGCUUUAAAGCCAAGAAGUUCAAACAGGCAAAGCUAUUUACAUCUCUCUGUGCUGUUAAUAAUAUAAGUUCCCUUGUAAUGCUGCAGAUUUUAAUGUCCCUCAGGCUUAGACCGGGCUGUAACCUACUUUUUUUUCUUUCUUUUUUUUUAAAUGGAAGUCAUUGAUUUAAUGGGCUUUAUUCAGCAUUAAGUUGUUUUUUAAUAAGCAAUAAUUUAUCUUCCUUUAAAGGUGUUUCUCACAUUUGUGUUGUGUGUCAGUGGAUUUAUGUUGUGACACAGUUUAAGAUGCUCAAAGAGCAGAAAUGAUUCCAGUAUUGUGUUUUCCUUCAUAGGAAACAUCCUCUUCUUUUUUUGAAAUUAGCAAAAACAUUCCCUUGAGUUAAUGUACAAGUAAGUCUGCUGUGUAUUCUCGUGUGAUGAUUUGGACUAUUUAUUUUUUCCACUGUGUUUAUUUUCAUGGAAUAGACUAAUUAUUUAAUAAAUCUGACAU